GAAAGCUGAAGCACCAAACGCCAAAAUGAGUGUGACGUCUUGGUUUUUGGUGAGCAGCACCGGCAUUCGACACCGGCUACCCCGGGAGAUGAUCUUUGUUGGCAGAGAAGAUUGCGAACUGAUGCUCCAGUCUCGCAGCGUGGAUAAGCAGCAUGCAGUCAUCAACUACGACAAGGAGAAAGAUGAGCAUUGGGUCAAAGAUCUGGGAAGCUUAAAUGGGACUUUUGUGAACGACGUACGGAUCCCCGACCAGAAAUACAUCACGUUGAAACUGAACGACGUAAUCCGCUUCGGCUACGAUGCUAACAUGUAUGUGUUGGAACAGAUCCAACACAAGGUCCCAGAAGAAGCGUUAAAGCACGAGAAAUACACCAGCCAGCUUCAGAUGAGUUUUAAAGGAAUGACCAUGAAACGGGCGGAGCAGCUGAUGGAACGUGGCGGAGAGACCGAAUCCCCUCAAGCCAAGCUGGAGAGAGGCGACAAGAAAGCAGUUACAGAGACGACAAUGAGUACACACCGCACACCCCUUUAUGGCCAGCCAUCAUGGUGGGGUGAGGAUGAUGCCAAUAAUAAGUUGGAGACAUCAGAUGACAGGAGACAAGAAGAAAUUUAUUCAGAAAGAGCAAAAGAAAUAGCCCACAAUGAAGAAGAAAUCAACGGUAACAUCACCGGCUACAGAGACUCUCAAGGAGACUCUGUCUACGCCUUCCGAAGAGAACCGAGUUAUUUCGAAAUCCCGACGAAAGAGUUCCAGCAGCCGGUGAAAUCCCCAGAGGCGCAAGUCCACGAGAUUCCCACCAAGGAUGUCGACAUGGCAGUGCCGCCUGUCGUGCAGAGCCACGCCUCUUUCACCAUUGAAUUCGACGACUGCACUCCAGGCAAGAUCAAGAUAAAAGACCACGUUACCAAAUUUUCGCUCAGGCAGAGGAGAAACCACAGCAAGGAAGCCGGCCACACCGAAAUGAUUUCGGCGGAGAACAAAGUGGCCGACUGGUUGGUACAGAAUGACCCAUGUCUCAUGAGAAGGCAGGCAGUGGGAGACGAUGUGUACAGCACCAAAAGCGAUCUCCCAGUGCACGUGAGAACUCUGAAAGGUAACAGGCACGAAGAUGGAACACAGAGUGAUUCGGAAGACCCAGUCGCACCCACACCCGAAAAGGAGUCGGCUGUCCACGACCACGCGGGUGAGCAAGCCAAACUCCAGCGGCAAAUUCGGCGCGACCCUCAGGAAAUGCUUCACAACCAGCAGGCGUUUGUCAUUGAGUUCUUUGAUGACGACACUCCCCGGAAGAAGAGGUCGCAGUCUUUCACACACAGCGGCCACUCCGCCCAGAAUGAAGUGGAUCCCGCCUUGAAGACCAAGGUUGAGAAACGCAAAAUUACUGUCCCCGCUGAGAAACCAGGGAGUUCCGCACCACCGUCACACCUAGCACCUGUAGGACCUAAAGGGCCAGGCCCUUUCAACGCUCCGAGAGCCGGCUCCUUUAAGAGGGAGAAGACGGAGGAACGGAUCAGCUCUUCCUCAUCCUCCACAUCGAAGUCAUCGGUAAAAAAUUAUGGCAGCGCUGGGCGGAAGUCGAAAAUUGCACAGGAUUUUGCUGCCGAAUGCCUAAAAGAGAGCUCUCAAGCCGUGAAAGCCGCAGAGAAGCCACCUCCUAUGCCCGCACCGCUCACCCCACGUGUAGUAGUACCCUCACCACCGGAAACAGUCUCUACGCCUGCUGUCGAUCCUAACUUGGUCAAAGCUCGGAAGCACGAGGAAGAGGACAGUUUGAGCGAAACAGGCACCUACACCAUUGAGACCGAAUCGCAAGAUAAAGAAGUGGAAGAAGCUCGGAAAAUGAUUGAUCAGGUUUUUGGUGUUUUGGAGUCUGCUGAAUUUUCCAAAAUGUCUUCACCAGCCUUCAGGCCAGUUAUUAAAGGUGAAAAAGAAGAACCGGGGGCCCAUCACUUGAUCAGUGAAAACGGCUCAAGCCCCAGGGUCACCAUGAUGCAGGUCAUCGCUUCCAAAGUGGCCAGCGGACAGCAUGCAGAGGUGCAGCUUCCACCAGCAUCUCAAGGUGGUCAGAAAUGGGUGUCAAGAUGGGCAAGCCUGGCAGAUAGCUACACAGACUCAGGAUCUGCUCCAGGUCUUGGAGACAUCCAGCCGCAGGGCCCCCCCUCUCAGGCUGGCACUGAAAAGGAUUCUAUUCCUAAAGCGGGAGAAUCAGAGACCUCCGUGGCUUUGCGGACGAGGCGCCUUCUCCCUCAGCUCCCGCCAGGUGACAAGUCUGAAAGUCCAACGCCACCCAUUUUAAUCUGCCCGGAAUCCUAUUCUGACGCUUCUCCGAGGAACACUGUGAAUGACCACAGGGCAGAAAUCUAUGCUGAUCCUUCCAUUCGGCUGCUCGCUCAAGAAGAUCUGGACCCCGACAGCCUUAGCGAUGCCAGCAAAUCCGACGACGGUUUUGGCUUGGAAAAAGGAAGGAAGUGCCAAGGCCAGCAGGAGCAAGUGAGGUCUGACCAUGGAAAAUCCCAAAACCAUCAGCAUGCUGUGCCCAGGCUGUCAGGUCUGAGAGCUUCAAGUGAUCCGUCGUCCACUGCGUUUUAUAUUGGGGACGAAGAGGAGUCGGGAGUUCCUUCCAAGCUUUCCCCAAGCACCUCUCGUUCUCGAGCAGACAAAGAAGACGCCGCUUUCCAGCCUGCCAAGCCGGCUGUUAAAGGCAUUAGCAAUAGCUAUGUUAGCUCGAAUGGGAAAAUGGUUAUUUCCUUACACUCAAGUCUUCCUCUUCAAGAACAAGAAGCAGCCACGAAAGAAAGCACGUCCUUUGUCCGGCAAGAAAGCUUUACCAAAGAGAAAUCAAGCAGCAGUGUUUCUCAGAACAGGCUGCCUCAUAUCUCUAGCCACCCUCUGCUUAAAGAUCUCGAUGUGGCGCGAGCAAACCGUAUGGACUAUAAUCCGGACACUCACCUUCUUCUUAAAGACACCGAAACAGCUCUGGCAGCACUGGAGGCCAAAUUCCUCUGCCAAUCACACGAGCUCGAGCCUCCAGAAAGUUCCCCAGGGCCAUUGGAAGACUCCUUAUCUGGGGACUCCGAUGUGGACACGGCAAGUACCGUAAGCCUGGUCAGCGGUAAAAACAUCCCCACAAACCCACCAAAGCGUAAAGCUGCGAUGGCCUUGCAAAAAGAGAAAUCCUCUUCAGUGCCAUCGAUCCAAGAGCAGAACGUUCAACCGAGCGCACGCGAAAGGCUUUCGGAGAAACGCAAGACUGUCACAUCGGAGUCUGGAAACAAAGGGGAAAAUGCAAAGCGCUUCCAAGUCAAGCGUUGCGCAGGGGGUGGAGGGUCUCAGGAUUGUACAGAUGACGAACGUGGUACCUGCCUCCCAUACAUCCCAGCAACUGAAACAGUCUGCUCCGAUCAAGAACAGUCCGUCUCGAGGCCUAUCACCAGAAAGAAGCCUUUCUCGCAGACCACCAAAGAAGAAUACAGCAAAGUCACUCCAACGGUGCAGAAGAUUCAACAAGUUCUCACGAGGUCGAAUAGCUUAUCUACCCCGAGGCCCACGAGAGCCUCGAAACUUCGGCGCGCACGAUUGGGAGACACCUCGGACAAUGAGAGUGCCGACACCGAGAAAUCGACAGCUCACCACGAAGGGACAGCGGCAUCUUCCAAACCACCAGCGGAGCCGAAGAAGCUUUCAAGGCUCGACAUCCUUGCCAUGCCAAGGAAACGGGCAGGAUCUUUCAAUGUUCCGAGCGAUUCAGAGAGCACGCCGCCAAGACCGACCUUCUCCGGGCGCAGUGCAGAAUCGUAUUACGCCACCCGAAAGCCGCCUGUCUCGGAAGCCAGAAAUGCUGCUAGGAAGACGGCAGCAGCGGUAGCUGCAUCCAAGCAGUCUUUUACCAGAACGCGCCCCAGCGGUAUCAAAUACUCCUCUUCUUCCACUUCGAGGAGGCGGCAGCAGGGCUCAGAUUAUACCUCUACGUCCGAGGAGGAGUAUGGCUCAAACCACAGCUCCCCUAAACACAAACGCUCCCAUACUUCAACAGCCACCCAGACGCCCAGGCCACGAGGCGCCGGCCUGAGCAAACAGAAGCGCAGCAGCAGCCGAGAGACGGAAGAGGAAGAUUACGACAAACGCGAUCCCUACAACUUCAUCGCGCAGACGGCGGAGAUUGCAGAAAUAGCCAGAUUAAGCCAGACUUUGGUGAAGGACGUCGCGAUCCUGGCUCGAGAGAUUCACGAUGUCGCUGGGGACGGGGACUCCCAGAGCUCCUCGGGACCGAGCACUUCCCUCAGUUCUGUGCCGAAUACCCCCGCGUCGACCAUAUCGGCAAGGGAAGAGCUGGUGCAGCACAUACCAGAAGCGAGCCUGAACUACCAGAAGGUGCCUCCUGGUUCAACGGGGUUCAGCGAUUUCGACCAAAACAUGAACGAUAGCCGGGAAGAGGAUCUCACGAGAAAAACCAGGAUGAGGAACAGGGAUGAGGUCAUUUUUGACAACCUGAUGCUCAACCCAGUGUCCCAGCUGUCUCACACCAUCCGUGAAAACACAGAAACCCUGGCUGAGAAAAUGAAAGUCCUUUUCCAGAACACUGAGCGGACGUGGGAGGAGAUGGAGGCCAAAAUUAACUCUGAAAACGAAGUGCCAAUUCUGAAGACCUCAAACAAGGAGAUCAGCUCAAUUCUGAAGGAGCUAAGAAGAGUCCAGAAACAACUUGAAGUUAUAAACGCCAUCAUCGAUCCCAGCGGAAACCUAGAUAUGAUCGCCAAUAACAAAGCCUCUUCUGCGACCCUCCAAUCUGCGGCAGCUAAAGUCAGGACUGCUAAUAGCCUUUCGGGGUCCCCGUUGGAGGCGUUGUCCCCCAUUAAGAAGAGGAAUUACAUUCAGAAAUCGAACUUUGGCCCUUCUAGUCUGCAGGACGCAAACUUUGUUCCAGAUGGGGAGAAAUACGUGAUCUAAUAGAAUAUUUUCUAUCGCUUAUCCUCUUGUAUGUAACUUAAAACCGUGGCGUUAGUAUUUGUGUAUGAGUGGUUGUGGAUAAGUCUGUAUGGAGCAGUUCUUUAAAUUGCUGGCCCAUUGCACAAAAGAAAAGAAAGUAAGGUACAAUCUAUGCUGUAUGGGGGUGUGUGGCAGGCCUGUGUAUAUAUAUAUGCCUUUUUAAAAAAGACUAGCACUGUGGAAGAGCAAAUAUUCAGCAUAGAGGCAGAUUCUGAAUUUUUAAUCGAAGGCUACCGAUGCGUAAUUCCUCCAACGUGCCAUAGCAAAACGGGCUUUGCGUGUUCAAUUCCGUACCGCCAAAGCUGUACCUGUACGUAGCCUGUUCGUAGCUAUCUGUUUAGUUGUAUAGAGGCUCUGUUUUGGCAAUUUUACUUUUUUGGGGGGAGGGGCAACGGGCAGCCGAUGCUGUACAUUUAAUUUUUGACACAAUGGUUUGUACCCGACCACUUUGCUCAGGAAAGGGUGAAGGCUCCCUCCAGUGGAAGGGGAUCUUCCUGCAGCGGAAGGUCCGCUUUCGUCAGCAGAAGUCUUCUGUGCCCGGAGGAAGGUGUCAGACUUAAGGGGGGGACGGUAGGAUGCAAGCCAGAGGAGGUAUUCAUUGUUCUGCCAGAUUCAACUUGCCUACCUGGUCGGCUGAGUGACGAACAUGGAAGGUUUCUUUGGGGAAUCCAGGAGCGGUUUCAUCCGAGCCCCCUUCAGGAAGGGAGGAAACAAAGAUGCCAUUAAACUGUUUUAGUUCCAUUAAUGCACCUUUCACUCUACCACUGGGAAUACAGAUGAUGGAGAGCAGUCAAUAAUUCCCCUCCAUCCCCAUGACUGUAAUUCACUCAAGAGAUUCAUGUUGUGUAGAUCUAGAGGAGACAAUUCAAAGACCAGGUCAAGGUUUUGCAUAGCGACAUUGCCAAAUUUUUACCCUGUCAUAGCAUCUGCUGUGUUCUCAAAGCUUUAUGUGGUCCAGACACGGUUCCCCCCCCCACCUCCCCGUAAUCAACAGAACUCCAUAUUUCUUGCAGACAGUUCUCUAGUUCAUGAGUCUGAGGAUAUUAUCGAGGAGGUAAACACCUCCCCCCUGCUGUUUCAUGCUUUGAAUUUCAGCAACAUCCAUCAGCAGUGUUCCAUACUCUGGCGUUUGUACACACUUUUUGCACGUGUGGGAGUUCAUGGAAUGCCAGGUACAGCGUCAGCUUCAGGAUUUUAAGAACCCUCAGGUGGAGUCCUAAUGGAAGAGGGCCGUGGCUCACUGGUGGAGCAUUUGCCUUGCACCUAGAAGAUCCCAGUUUCCAUCUCUAGGUUUUUUCUUUAAAAAAAGAUCAGGCAGUAGGCAAUACGAAAGACCUCUACCCGAGACCCUGGAGAGAGGCUGCCAAUCAGAGAAGACAAUAUUGAUGGUCUCGCAGUGUAUAAAGCAGCUUCAUGUGUUCCAAGGCGUGCUCUGUAAGCCCUGCCAAACUGAUACAAACGGGUCACGCAAGCUGAGAACCCUCUCCUGCUGCCCUGUCUUCUUGGGUGCUACAUUCAAAACAAAGAAUCUCUCUCUCUCUCUUAGGGUGGCUGUCCCUUUUCUG